UCCGGCACUUAAAAACUACAAACCGUGACCGUUGUGCUGAAGACUUGUAUUAUCCGUGUUUCUUAGAGAAGGGCAAGGCAGUAAAUAUUUUAAAAAGCGAAUGUAAUCGCCAUCACGAGGAAGAGGGAAUGCCAUUACUCGAGUAUCGCACCGAACAACAAACUUGAAAAAGAAAACGAACCAACUGAAACAGGGACGGUACUGAGGUCUGAAGAGUGCUUGAGAGUGGUGACUCGCCAUUCUAACCUGAAUGGGCUGAUAGCCUAUAUUCUAUAUUUUGUCUUUCUGUUUUGUCAGCUCCUGUACCGCUGGGCUGGAGAGGUUGUGGAAAGACGCUCUGUACCGGUCGCGUGGCUUCUUUGUGUACAGCAGCUGCUCCUAAAUGCAUGGGCAAACAUUGCGGCUUGGCUCGGAUAUAACAGUCCCAAAAGGAGAGCCUGAACACUACCAUACCUGUGUCUGAGUUUCAAAACUACAAACAAGUAUUGCACCAACAAGAGGAUUAUCAAAACUAGACAUUUUACCCCUGUCCCCAUCUCUCCCUCCGAACCGUCCCGACAAAAGCUUGCGAUCUCUCCCUACAAAGUCACUGUACGUGGAUUGUAAAAGAGAGAACACGAGAGAACCUGAUACGCGUUUAAAUUUGAGAUCAGUUCAUCAGAGCACUGCUUUAGAUUCUGAAAGAUCAUGGAUGUAAGAUUUUAUCCGUCUGCCGGUGGGAAUUCUAUUCCCGGAGAGCCGUCGAACCUGGAUUUUUCCCACUGCCUGGGUUACUACAACUACAACAAGUUUGGGAACAAUAAUAGCUACAUGAACAUGGCGGAGGCUAACGGGGUCCUUCUUGCAGCUGGUGAUACGUUCCACACUCCCAGUCUGGGAGACGAGGAGUUCGAGAUCCCGCCCAUCACGCCCCCACCGGAGACGGAGUCAGGCCUGGGGAUGUCAGAGGUGGACUCGCCCUUCCCAGCACACCCGGAACCCCUGCCCUCGCAGAGAGGCCAAUUCACCCCCCAGUUCCCCCCUCAGAGUCUGGAGCUGCCCUCUAUCACCAUCUCCCGCAACCUCAUGGACCAGGAGCGCAUAAUGCACAGCAAUGGCCUCCCAGUGAACACUGGUCAGGCCCAUCUUCGACAGUAUCACCCCAACCCUUCUAUGGUCAUGAGGUCCAUUAUCAACAUGAGCAACCCUUCUGCCAUGAUGUCACGAAACCAGCUGACUACAAUCAACCAAUCCCAGCUAAAUGCUCAACUGGGCUUAAACCUAAGUGGACCAAAUAUCCCUCACACCUCACCGUCACCUCCCGCUAGCAAGUCUGCCACGCCUUCCCCAUCGAGCUCAAUCAAUGAAGAAGACCAGGAUGAUGGCAACAGGCAGGUGAUUGGAGAGAAGCGGCCUGCUCCAGACGCUGCUAAAAAGCCCAAGACGCCCAAAAAGAAGAAAAAGAAAGACCCCAACGAGCCGCAGAAGCCCGUCUCCGCCUACGCCCUGUUCUUCAGAGACACCCAGGCCGCCAUCAAGGGCCAGAACCCCAACGCCACCUUCGGAGAGGUCUCCAAAAUAGUAGCGUCCAUGUGGGAUGGCCUUGGAGAAGAACAGAAGCAGGUCUACAAGAGCAAGACAGAAGCGGCUAAGAAGGACUACUUAAAAGCCCUUGCUGCAUACCGUGCCAGUCUGGUAUCAAAGGCGGCCGCUGAGUCCGCAGAGGCCCAGACUAUCCGGUCGGUUCAGCAGACGCUGGCCUCCACCAACCUGUCUCCCUCGCUGAUCCUGAACUCUCCGCUGGCCCAGCACGCCUCCAUGUCCGCGGCCGCCCAGGCCCUGCAGCAGGCCCUGCCCCGGGCCAUCGCCCCCAAGCCCCUGCAGAUGAGGCUCCCGGGGGGCCAGAUCGUCACCUCGGUGACGGUGGCCAAUCAGGGCAUGCCCUCCAGCGUGCCCUCGCAGCUGAUGGGUCAGAUGGGCGGGGGCGGGGCCGGGCAGAUGAGCCCGCCCAUGCAGCCCCCGCCCACGCAGCAGCAGCAGCACCAGAUGCAGCAGCAGCACAUGCAGCACCACCAGAUGCAGCAGCAGCAGCUGCAUCACCAGCAGAUCCAGCAGCAGAUGCAGCAGCAGCACUUCCAGCAGCAUCUGCAGCAACAGCUGCAGCAACACCACCUGCAGCAGCAGCAGCAGCAGCAAAUGCAGCAACAGCACAUGCAGCUGCAGCACAUGCAGAUGCAGCAACUGCACCAACAACAGAUUCAGCAGCUCCAGCAGCAGCAGCAGCAGCAGCAACAGCAGCAGCAUCAGUCGCAGUGUUCCCCGCCCCAGCAUUCCCCAGCAACACCGCAGUCCGUGGGAGGAUCCGCCUCCAUGGGCAGCCCCCAGCCCACCUCCCAGCAACACCACCAGUCCCAAAUACAGGCACAUGCCCACGCCCAGGUCAUGUCCCAAGUCAGUAUCUACUGAGCCAAAAUCUAUUCAAAGAAAAUGAAUAUAAUAAAAAAAAAAAAGCAUCACUCCCGGGUUGCUUUUCUACGUUGCACUUAAGAAGUGUGUAAGAAUCGUUUUAAAAGGAACUGUCCACUGUUUCUGAUGAAUAUGCAGAAAGGAAUGCAUAAAGGGACAACUCUGAGAAGAAUUCUGUCUAUAAAAUAGGCUGUGUUAUGAAAAACAGCAAAGACUGAGUGCCCAUUGUUUGUUUGUUUGUUGUUUUUUCCUCUAAAUUUCUCUCAGUCUUGAGCUGAACACUGACGGGCGUGUAAUUGAAAUGGUACGCUGUAAUAUUUGCAAUGAGAUGUCCUGUUCUUGUCGAAUGGCAAAGCUUUAUUUAUGAUGGUAUUGCUUCAUUAAUGGACAGAAUGAACAGAUUGGGACAGCAGCACCUCAGCAUAGAAGACCUGCCUGUGUUUUAUCUCGAAGGAGCCCUUUUAAAUCAAGGCUAAUGCAAGGACUCGAUUGACAACAAUGGCAGCCAGGCUCAAUUCCGAUGCGUAUGGGCAUUUCUUCAGAGGCCAGUAUAUUGUGAAAAUGUAAUCUUUUCUCCUCUUUUCCCCCAACAUUCCAACAGAUUAUACUGCUUAAUUAUUGCCAAUGAGAAGUACAAUUUCAUUUUGUACAGCGUUUUCAGAUACCAGAGUGCAUUCACCAUGGAAAGUCUGACCAGAUCUUGAGUUGGACUAGAACUUCAGUCACAUGGUCUGUUUGAUGGAGGAACUAAAGGGCGAAGAUAAAGGGAAAAAAAACAAAAAAACAGACUUCAUGUAAUUUUACAUCAAAACUGUAAUAAUAAUCUGUGUGUAUGUCUGGCGGGGAGAGAAAAUCAAAUCAGUUCUGCUAUCAGAAAAAUAUAUUUGAAAAUGGAAAAUAAUGGCACUCCAACAAAAAUGAUCACACUUUUGUAUUCAUGUACUAUAUUUACCUCAGACAUUUAACAGGCCCAUAAAUUAUGUCCCUAUUUUCUUUUUUGUAUUUUGCGUUGAAAGCAAAUAUUUUAUGGUAAGUAUAAAUUACUUCAAUUUUGAUGAUUUGAAGCUUAAUGUACUUUUUAUCCUGUCCCUAAACUACGAGAAAACAGAUAUAGCAGAACCAUUUCCUUGCACUGUCAAAGCCAAUUACAAAGGUGUGGGAGUAUUUUGUGCCAGCUGUAGAUAAAUCUGUAAAAAAUUAAAAGAGAAAAAGAUGUACAUCUUUCAUAUCACAUGUUGUUAAGUUUUCAUGUGUGAAGCUUUAAUUAAAACAUUGGUAAGAUAACCUGUGGAUCUGACGCUGCAUAGUGAAUUUCUGCUUUUUUAUACUUUUUAUGCAUUACAGUAGCUGCAAUUCAGUUGUUUGUAUUCUGCUUGGAGAAAAAAAAAUCACACGCUUUUUACAUCUGUCUUUAGAAUAAAUGCAUUCACUAUAAAAUGCAAAUUGUUUUGAGCUCUUAAUAGGCAAAUUAAUUUAAUACUGUAGCUUGGUUGUACUGGAAAAAAUAGGGAAAGCACAUUCUUUGUUUAAUAUACCACACCAAGACUUGUAUUUAGUAUUCUAUUUUUGUGUUUCCUUGUUUGCAAUCAAGAAUAACUGUGACCUGUAAUUUAAGGAAUCGGUUCAUUGAAAUGUUAAAGAUUCUUAAAAAGUACUUUUGCUUGACAAGACAUUACAAGGGAAGGGGGUUAAUGGCAACAACAAAGGCCUCUUAUGUUUUGUUCUGUUUCCUAGUUUUUAACAACCAAAGUCAUGUUAAUUUGAGUGUGAUAAAUAGUGCUCCAACUGGACAGGGUCAGCAUGUAACUGAUAUUUGUCUCAAUAACAAUUCCAUUUUCAUUCA